AUGGUCCAGGGUCUUGUGUGCACCGUCAGCAUGGAAGACCGAGCCCUCGACAUCACACUGCUCGAGGCUGUUUUGGGUGUCUCGGCUUCUGGCAUAGCUUUCGGGAUCCAAAACGUGGCAGAAAGCUUGGCCGAUUGCCGAAAGGGUGGCAGCACCGGCCUAGAUGCAGACAAGGACUAUUCUAUACAGGGGGACGGAACCAUCCACAUCUCCCGCAUGAAGUGGGUCCCGCUCCCCGAGCAGAUCGUAGACACCAGCAGGGGCGCCAAGUUCCGCGACGACGCACCAUACCUGCUUGGCGGCGGCAUGGAAGGUCUCGGGGGCGCCGUGGCGACCUGGAUAGCGGAGCAAGGUCCGCGCCACUUUGUCUUCCUGUUGCGCUCUGUCGCGGACCCGAGAAACGAGCCCUUUGUCCAAGAACUCCGCAGCUACCCUGGAGGCAGCGUCAUUACCAUAUCAGGCGACGUCGGCUACGUGGUCGACUCGGAACAAGCCCAUCAGUUUUUUUGGCGCAACCUCAAUCUUUUGUGGGCUUUGAUACUUAAUUUCUUCGUUUUCGGAUCGUCGGCGAAGGUCAAGGGCAUGAAUCAACUUUUGAUCCCCUCUGCAGUAGCUCAGAGUAGCCGGGCAGUAGGACUUGUAUCAGGCUUCGCGUUGCACAUUAUUGUUCACUAG